AUGAAUGGAGGGUUCGGGGGCAGAAAUCAUAAUAUUUCCGAUAAUAAUUUGAACUACAGCCUGCCAAAUAACUCCAUUCAACCACAAUAUAUUAGUGGUUCAUCAAAUCGUAUUGAUGGAAUCCAAGAAGCAAGCAAUCUUCCAAAUUUAAGGCUAAAUUUCAUGGGAAAUGAAGGCUCUGACCAUAUUGAACAUCAAUUAAGAACCAAUAAUGGGGUUUUGAAUGGUAGCCAUUCAAUAAAUCAAAAGGUAAACCAGGGAAGUUUUGGCCAAAAUAUCUAUGAUAUGAAAAGAAGCAUUCCUGGACAAAUGGGAGCAAAGAGUUUAGCAAGCUUGAGAGUUGGGGUAAACCAGCCCCAAGGUAUUAAUCAUAAUCAACAGGCCGGUAUACAGUAUGGUGAUAUUCAACCGGAUGGGAAUCCGAGUACAAGCAUUGGAGCUAUCCAAGAAUCCAAUAUGCCUUCUUACAAUAUGGAGAUGGGUUAUAGAGGUAGUAGUAGCAGCGGGAAUAUUGGGAGUCAAAGCAUUCAGAAUCAUCUUGAUUCUUCUGCUAAUACUCAGUAUAUGGAUAUUCAUGGUAUUUCGGUGCAGAAUUCUUAUUUGAAUUCUCAGUCUCAGCCUAGGUCGGUAUCCCAAACAAGGUCUUUAUCUCAUUCUAGAACACAAUCUCAACCUAGACCUAUGGUUCAGCACCAACAACAACACCGGUACCAGCAACAGCAAAAACAGAAACAACAGGUUCAGCAUCAAAACCAACACCUUAGUAGUCAAGAAUACUUUCACUCUCACCAGCAAUACAUACAGGGUUUCCCCCAGUCCCAUUCCCAGAGUCAGACUCAGAUUCAGAAUCAAACUCAAACCCAAACUCAAACUCAAACUCAAAUGCAUUCUCAAAGUCAAAUGCAUUCUCAAACACAGAUUUUGUCUCAGACACAAUCUAGGCCUUUUACUCAGUCCCAGACUCUUAAAAACACACAGACACAGUAUUACAGCCAUUCCCAGCCGAAUAACACCCAACAAUCCUUUUCCAACCCUAUGACGCAUCCACUGGUUCACCCAUACUCUCAGACAAACCCAGGAAUCCAAUCAAUUUCCCAAAAGUCUUCAGCGGAACUUUCUAAAACACAGAGGCAUUCCUCCUCCAGCUCUAACCUUCACUCAAAUUUAGGGACAGUUCAAGCAUCUCACAUACAACAAAACUUCCAAAACUUUUCAUCUUCAAACAUAUCUCAGAGACAGGUUGACAAUGGGUUAAAAAAUGCAAACCGUGGAAUUAUUAAUGGCCCUCAUGUUUUAUAUAACAAGGCAGAAGAAACAGGGACAACAGGAGGUGUUACCCAGUACAGAUCAAAGCCAUACUCUCAGCAGAACCACAAGUAUGCCUCUCAGCAACAGGUAAACUCAAGCAGCUCGGUAAUACAUCCUAACUAUGUUCAAUCUUACUCUCAAGGAUCUUCUAGUAAUAUUAAUGGAGUAGGAGAGAUAGAGUCUAAGAGCAUAUCACAACAUACCUCAAAUAUUGGCUACAAAACAAGAAGUAUAGAUUUGGGAGUUUGUAGCUUCCAGGUAAAUGUUCCAAAUAAUAUUUCUGAUGAUUUGAGAAAUUCUAUUAUCAGAUUGGUUCCAAAAGAACAACUUAAUUCAGUAUUUUUCCUGGUUUCAUCUUUAAUUAGCAAAAGCAUCCAGUUUAGGGAUUUUCAUGCUCGUCUAACAGCUAUCUUGAGGAGCAGCCAACUUGUUGAAAUCCUUGAAAACAUGCUUAGAGAAUACUUUCAGCAAAAUGCUUCUUCUUCACUCUUUAAGCAAUCAGGAGUUAAUCAAAAAGUACUUCCAGAUUCUCGAAGUCAGAUUUCCCAUCCUAAUAUUAGCCAGGCUUCUGGAGGAAGAUCUGAUUAUUUUACAAUAUCACAGUCACAGUAUUCAUCUGGAAUUAACUCCAAUAGCCAAAUAUAUGAUGGUACUCUAUUUGGCUCCAUGAUUUCCCAUUCUCAUUCAAAAAAGUCUAUUAGUAGACAUGGAGGACACUACAACAUGCAUGCAAAAGAAGAUAUUCUAUUGCAAAUGCUGAAACAUGCAAGAUCUAAGUCUGCCACAGGCCUUAUUGGGAUUGACAUAACUGGACCUUCUUCUUACCUUACCAAAUUAAUUUCAAACCAGAACAUUCAAAAUAAAUGUAUGGUAUUAGAAGAGGAGUCGAUAUCUCCAGAAACCCUUAAUAUUUGGUCGGAAAAACUUAAUAGUUAUGGUCGGUAUCUCCUUUCUUGUGAUGGUUCACUUAACUUAAAAUUUGAAAAUUCAAACAAGGUAUCCGGUACUUCCAGACUAGGUAGAGUAGUUAAGUUUGGAACUCAGCCAGACUUAGAAAAGUCUGUUUUCUCAACUCAAGCAGUAAAGACCGUCUACAAAUUGGCAUCUUUCUAUAUUAGAGACAUAUUAAAGUUUAUCCUUGAUGAAGAAAACAAAAGUAACAAGGAACUUAACGACCAAGAUUUUGAAGAAGAGGGUAUUGAUGAAGAGGAGGGACAACAAAAGCAAAGAGAAAAAAAGAAUUUACCAGUUAAUGGGAAUUUUGCUGAAAAUGGUAAAAUCAUAGAACAUAACCAAAUUGAUAAUUUAAAAGAUAUCAGUUUUAAUGACAAGGACUCGAACACAAAAUCUAGUAAUUCAUGCAAUUUUGGAAUGGGAAAGUCUAUUGGAGGAAAAGGUUUGGGAAUGAAACUGACCUUAUCUGGUAAUGUUUCCUCUGUGAAACCUGUAAUGAUUACCAGUCUUUGGUCCUGUAUAUACAAAUCCUUACGUUAUAAUAUGAAUAGAUAUAAUGCAUGUGAGCCCAAUGCUUUCCACAAUAUUAUCAUCCAAAAUCGUUCUGGACAUUCAAGAGACCAAUGUUCUAAUUAUAUUUUAAUUCCAGAGUCUAUGUACAGAUGUGUUGAAUCCUGGUUACUAUCAAAUGCUUAUAAUCAGUGGGAUAAGCUAACUAUAUUGUAA